UCGUACCGAUAGUGAAUCAGAGUGGCGGUUGACUCCGGUCUCAGCACGCGGAGGACCGAGCGCACCUCCCCACCUCGCGUCAUUCUAAAAUAAAAUAAGUGAAGAGAAAAAAAAAAAUUUUUUUUUAAAUAAUAUUAAUUUUUUAGUUAAUUAAUAUUAAUUUUUCAAAUGUCAAUCGAUUGAUUGUAACCCCUGUUCGCGUCCUGUCGUCCACUUGUCAUUGAUUAUUUAAUCGUUGGGGGUAGGGGAGGAUUUUUUUUCCGAAAAGUUCCGAGAAAAAUUGAUUCAACGACGAGAUUAGCGAAAGAGUGAUCCAAGUCAGACGAUAACGCGCCCGUGGAAAUUUUCAAAUCGAUAGUGUCGUGGCAACGAUGUUGUCCUGACCCGCUAGAGGCCAGGAAGAGUUGAACUUGCGGCCGAGGAAGUCCCGAUUUUCCCGUCAGCACUGGUGACUGAAAUUUAGCCGGUGGGGGGGGGCAACGAAGGGGGCGACGAGGGCUCCAAGUUGGUUCUGGAUUUGAAAAAAUUGUGAUUCAGUGAUUUAUCAGUUUUUAUUAUGGGAUUUGCGGGGAUCAGGGGUGCGGGGGCUGGGGGAUGGAGUUUUGUGAUUCAGGUUGCGUUUGUCGUUGUUGUGAUAUGCGUGGAGACGCGAAAUGCUGUACCAGUGAUGUCGGAGAACGGAGUGAUGAGAUAUUUGUCGCAAUUUGGAUACCUGCCACCAUCGAAUCCCACCAGUAGCAACAUCAUAACCAAGGAUACGAUGUCCAAAGCAAUUACCGAGUUUCAGUCGUUCGCAGGAUUGAACAUCACAGGUGUCUUGGAUAACGAGACCAUUGUCCUCAUGUCCACUCCCCGAUGUGGAGUGAAGGAUAAAGUUGGCCCGAGCUCCGAUGGAAGAUCGAAACGUUAUGCUCUUCAAGGCUCCAGAUGGCGUGUGAAAAAGCUCACCUACAAAAUAACAAAAUAUCCGAGAUUACUCGAGAAGACCGCAGUCGAUAAAGACAUCGGUCGGGCGUUUGCCGUCUGGUCGGAAUACACCGACUUGACAUUCACUCAGAAGAGAUCAGGACAAGUGCACAUCGAGAUUAGAUUCGAGAGAGGAGAGCACGGCGAUGGUGAUCCUUUUGAUGGACCUGGUGGUACCCUCGCCCACGCAUAUUUCCCAGUGUACGGGGGUGAUGCUCACUUCGAUGACUCCGAGCACUGGACAGUCAAUAGUUAUCGCGGAACUAAUCUAUUCCAAGUUGCUGCACAUGAAUUCGGACAUUCGCUAGGAUUGAGCCACAGUGACAUCAAAUCCGCGUUGAUGGCCCCAUUCUAUAGAGGAUAUGAUCCGAAUUUCAUUCUUGACAGCGAUGACAUUCAGGGAAUUCAGGCGUUGUAUGGAACUCGAACAAUAGAAGCCGACGAUAAAGAUACAAAUGUUCACCAGAAGACCACAUCAUCACCAACAGGCGAGGAAGAUGAUGAGCUCUGUACAAAUCCUAAAGUUGACACUAUGUUCAAUUCCGCGGAAGGCAACACAUAUGUGUUCAAGGGUGAUCAUUACUGGAAAUUAACAACCAAUGGUGUGGCCAGUGGAUAUCCCAGGCUGAUCGCCAACUCCUGGAGGGGACUUCCUGGAGAUAUCGAUGCAGCGUUCACAUACAAGAACGGAAAAACUUACUUUUUCAAGGGCUCCAAAUACUGGCGAUACGUUGGCAAGAGAAUGGACGGUGAUUACCCCAAAGACAUAAGUGAGGGAUUCACGGGAGUUCCCGAUAAUAUCGACGCAGCGACCGUCUGGACCGGAAAUGGAAAAAUAUAUUUCUACAAAGGGACCAAAUUCUGGAGAUUCGAUCCCUCCCAGAGGCCACCGGUGAAAAGCACUUAUCCAAAACUCAUAUCCAACUGGGAGGGACUGCCCAACAAUCUCGAUGCUGCCCUCAACUAUCACGGUUUUACGUACUUCUUCAAGGACAAUGCGUACUACCGGUUCAAUGAUCGAACAUUUUCGGUUGAUGUUGCUGAUCCUGCCUUCCCAAGGACGUCUGCUUACUGGUGGUUCGGAUGCAGAUCAGCGAAUCGUGGCUCCUUAGGUAAUAUGGAAUGGAAAAAUAGUUAUCCAUAUUGGUCUGGCAAUCUGGAGGAAAAGGGCGACGACCUGAAUCACGACGAUGUUGACGACAUCAUUUUAGAUGCAGGAGGCACUGACGAACAACUUGUCACAUCAUCAAAUCAAGACACUGGAAAUUCCGGGGGCCCUUCAAUUUUGAGUAAUCAAUUGUGCCGAUUACCUCUCUUCGUUACUGCCCUCAUUAUUUUACAGAGGUUUACGGUAACAUAAGGUGAGACUUAAUUGGAGUUUAAUCCAAUUGGAUUUAAUCCAUAAUAUUCAGGAGAGGAUGAGCCAUUGAGAACAUUUGAGGGAUUAUUUUCACUGUCAAUCGCACGAGAAUAAUCGCCAGUGGUAAUAAUUGCCGGACGGAAAUUUUUUCUAAUGUCUUAUUGAUUUUGUAGAGUUACGAUCAAUCGAAUGAAGUCGAUAGGGCGAAUGAUUCGUGUUUUUCAAAAGAACUUUAUCGAUAUCUGACUGAGACAUUGCAGUGACGUAUUCUAUCCUAAAAGAAAUCAAUAAGAAUUUUUGGAAAAAAGCAACUGUCUGGCCCUGUCAUUGGUGAUUUAUCUUUAAGGAGUCGCACGAGACGACAUUAUUUUAUGAGUAAUUCGAUUGAUAACGCGUUAUCAUUUUUAUUAGAUUUCUACAGGCAAAUAAAACGAGGCGAGUUAACUUACACCGAACUUUCUUUUCGGACGAAUAUCUGUGAAAUUACUGGAAAUAGGGGAAUUUUCAUGAGGACCUUUUUUGAAGAACACAAAAAGUUCUAGAAAAAAGUUUCUAUGAAAAUUUUUCUACCGCUCCUAGAUUCCGAGAUAUUCAUCAAAAAUCAAGACUGGAUUAGUCAACUCAUCUCGUUUUACCACUUCACUGCGGAAUUUAUUCUGUUGCGAUAAUUUCCAUGAAAUUUUCGACUUUCUCUUCUCUGAUGGAAUAAUCUAAUAGCCGACCCUGAAGGAUCGAUCAUUGGGGACUCGAUAGGAGGCUCGACUAGUGCACUCGAUGGAUCGUCAUGCGUCAUCAAUUAUUGGUCGACGAUGUCUAGUCUGUCAUCCGUCGAAAUACUCGACAAUCCUCAUCCGAGUGAUCCAAUACUCGAUCCUCCAAUCGAGUGAUCCAAUAGACAAACGAGAUCUCGAUAAAUUUAAUCGCACAGAAUUAUAAUUAAUAAUCGAUAAUUAUUCACUGUUGUAUUUUUUAACCUAAUUAUGUUAUAAGCAUCGUCAUAAUGUAAAAAUCAAAAGUAUCAUGCAUUUUAUUUAAUGUGUUGAAACUGUAAUUCUGAGUUGACCGUUACACUGCCAAAUCAUGUGACGUGUAACUUAUUUCCAUAAUCAAAUAUUAUACGAGUGGGUGACGAGUGAUCGAUGACUGAGUGCCUUCAACUAUAGAAAAUAUUUUUGUUUAGUUAUUUUGAAAAUAACGCGUAGAUGCGCCACUCUACCUCUAGGAAUGAAUUUUUAGUCAUGUUAAAGGGGCAGGGGGAGGGGGGAGUGUCGAUGGGAUUUUGAAGGGAUCGAUAGAGAAAAAAGUUGAUUAAAAAAUCUAAUUUGUUAGAUAAUUCUAUUGAAUUAGUGUCUUUAUAUAACUUAUUAGCUGCGAAUAUUUUUUUUAGCGAAUUCGUUGGACUUCAAUAGAUUUCUAUGGAGUAGAUAAAUUUUCUAUAGAACAGAAUCAAAUUUUCUAUAGAAUUUUAGUGGAAUAUGUAUUUUUGAAGUUUUUAAAAUUAUGGUUUUUCGAUUGAUCAUAAAAACCAACGAUAAAAUUAUUAUAAAAAAUUCAUCUAGAGAAGAUAUAAAUCUAUAGAAUAUAUUAGAUCUAUAGAUUCUAUAGAUUUCUAUAGAUUCAUUGAAUUCUAGUAAAUUUUUUCCAGAAUAUUUGUGGUUUAAUUAAUAUUUCUGUUGAAAACUGGGAUUUUGCAACAGAGAUGAUUGCGAAUUAAGAGAAUAUUCUAUAGAAAUGCAACGGAAGUGUCCGAUGAAUUCGUUAGAUCUUCCGAGGAAUUGUUGUCCUCAAAUGAGACGUCUGAUCAGUCGAUAAAAUUCAACCUCAUUAUUCGAAAUCAGGGUAGAUCGUUAUCCCCCCAUUUUGUAUUAGUAAAGAACGAAAUUAGAUUCGAUAACAAUUUUUGAAUCUGUGGAUUAAUCGUAGCAACAUACGUAUCAAAAUGUUAUUUCGAUUAUGAACGUAUAAUCAUCGCAGUAAUUAUUUGUUAAUUUAAUUUUUAGGUAUGUGUGAGAGCUAGCAAUGUGUUGUAAUGAAGCGACCAAUAUUAUGCAUAUACCAGUGUUUAGAGAAUAUUUUUGUAUAAUAUGAACUAAUGAUAAUUAUAAUUAUGCUAAUAAAUUAUAUGAAAGGCA